AUGAGCCUUCUCAAAAUGCCCAUCGAGAUUGUUUCUCUCCUCGUUGAGCUCCUCGAUGCUGAAGAUGUGUUUAACAUGGCCCUGACUUGCAAACAUUUGAGCUACAUGCCUUACGAUAGAAGAAUAUGUCGUCUUGCACUCUUGAAAGCACCAUAUUCUACAGAAGCUCAGGAGGCGCGGUCUACCAAGAACUUCCCAAAGGCGUUCCGUAAACUUGCUAAGCGACGAAUGGCUGUCCAAUCCGCAGAGCCAUGGACGGUCGCCAUUGUGGCUAUGGCAGAUCAGUUCUCUUAUACGAAUGGUCACUUGUGCUACACUGUUAAUAGCAAGCAUUUCCAUGUACUCGACACCCUCCACAAGAAGCCUACAUUUGAGUUAACAGUCGAUGUCGCACUGCUUCUCAAGGCCGCAGUGAGGGACUACGAUCCUCAAAGUUCGCAUACAUUUAAACCCCUUUACUACGCCGAGGGCAUCGUAUCAUGUCUCGCCACUCAAGUUCUCGAAGACUCCACCACAUGCAGCUGGCUCCUCAUCUUCGAGCUAAUAGAAUCUCCCAGAUGGGUUGUUGUGCAAAGGCCAGAUUCAAGCUACCCGCCCUUUGUGCGCAAUGACAAGAAUUACCUAUUCUGGGGUUCAAAAUCACAUGCCAGACUCGAUGGUAGCUCCAGAUGGGGUAUUCAUUGCCUUAAUCUCCAGACUCGCAAGUGGGCAGAUUCGCAGCUGAUUCUAUGGGACCUUAACGGGGAAAAUAUUGGAACAGAAGCCGACGAUGGAAUGCGUAAUAACUUCUACCAAGUUUUGAGGUUCCCUGUAGAUAAUGCAGUUCAUGAAAAGUGCGAGAUACCUCCAAUGCGCAACCUCUGGCGUCUCCAUGACUCAGAGUGCACAGUGGACGAGCGUUGGACGUCGUUGCAGCUCACCAAAGACGAGAAAACAGGCAAUCUCCUCAUCGUUGAGACUCGAAAGGAGUGGUUCCCGGGAAAUGCAGGCAGCCAGAGGACGUGCUACAGAAAGGAGCUUCAGUUCGAAACACAAGCAAAAGUUCCUCGCCCAGAGCAUUCUCUACACACUCCGCUCGAGUCGGCCAUGGGUAGCCUCGAAGAGGCGGAAUGGAGAAGCGAGGAUCAUAUUGAAGAACGGUCAAGUGAGAAGAUCCACAUCGGUGAUGGCCCAUCUGAUGCCACAGCAUACACCCUCCAAGAAUGCUUUGUGCGUUCAUACAAUACAUCGUGCAAUGCUUUCGUCGACCUUGUUUAUGAAGGUGACAACCCUGACUUGGGGUUGCAACUCAGAGUACAGCCCAUGAAACAAGAGCCAUCAGUCAGAAUGUGGCCACGAGACCAGGAAGCAUGCCACCCCCAUAACGACUUGGCUCAGCUCCAAGGUGCUGUCAGCCCCAUCCAGCCGAUCAAAGAAAUCGAGUGGUUCAUGGACGAGCGAAUCUUAGUAUAUUCACCAACUCAUAUGGCAUCUGGACAAUUGAGGCCCGUCAUUCUCAUCUCAUUCGAUCCAGAGCUUGUUCUUCCAGGCUUUCCCAAUUAUCUAGCACAAAUUCAAGAUUCAAACGACCAUUCCGAUGCCGCUCCCCUUCUGGAAACCAGUGGCGGACCAAAUGGGAUACCAUGGUCAUCGAACCAGGAUAUCGACGAGCUUGUCUCGCCAGGAGAAGGGGAUCCAAAGGCAUGUGCCAGCUUUGUCAGAUCACGCCCUUCACUUUACCAGACGAUGAGUAUGGGUAACGGCGAUGCACAUGGCUUUGAUCUCUCAUACCCACGUCGUUGAUGAUGAAUCUGUGGGUGUUAUUGCGGCCUCAAGCCUUUUCAAUGACCUCAAGACCUUCAAAGGCCUUACUAAGUCUUACCAUCGAGCAGCGUAGUCUUCUUAAAAUUGGUAGGUAUAAGAAAACUGUAAUUAAUACAGAGCGUUACU